AUGAAUAAAAGAGUUGGAUCUGUUGAAGGUAGUAAUUCUUCGUAUUUGAAGUCUGCUAAAAGCAGUGAAGAAGAUGCUUCAAAUAGACAAAAUAAUUAUAUAUUAUACUAUGAUAAGAAAAUUUGGCUUGUACAACAAUUUUUUCUGAAUUCACACUCUUUUCAAGAUUUGCUUGGUUUUGAUAAUGAAGAAUUACAAAUAAAUGAGAGUCAAAGUGAAAUUAAUAACUAUAAUAACUAUGAUAAAAUUAAUAACUAUGAUGAGGUUAAUGACUAUAAUGAGAUUAAUGUCCAUCAUGAAAUUAAUGACUGCAAUAAAAUUUUUAAUACUGAUUCUUUAGAUAAUAAAAAUAAU